CUGCUCUUUACCUGGAAUCUCAUUCGUUUAUCCGGAAAAUUGGGAAUAUGUGGGUAUCAAUGAAACAUAGGUCACCCACGCCGUCAGCCGUCACGUUUAUGCUGCGUACGCCUGCGCGUCAUUAUUGAUAUGAGCCCAACUUUUCGCUUUUGCGUGGGUCUUCUAGGUAAGAAUGGCCCACAUCCAUGGGGAAAUUUCGCCUUUAGGGUAGUUGAAACGUCAAUGCCGUAUUGAAAAGUCGGGCGAUAAACCGGAUACAAGAUGGCCCGAAUGGGAACUGUUUAUUUCCAGUUUUUCGUCAUUUGUACUUCUUUGACAAGCCUAACGCAGUCCAUCGAGUUAUCAAAUAAUAAGGGAUCAUCAAAGCCGAUAAGACCAAGAACCAGCACACCACCUUCACUGGAAGGUGUCACAUCUAAGGCUGCACCAGUCAUCUCGACAACCCCUAAAGAUGACAGCGGUGUUGCCAUUUAUCGAGUCCUCAACCGGAUCACCGAUACGACGUGUAUUUUGCUUAAGACUGACGCCUUGGUCGAGGUCACCUUCAAACUGCAUAAAUUAGAUGAAAAAGCCGCGUCUCUAAUUCCCGAAAAAGCGAUGAUCGAUGGAGACUGCGGCCUGGAGGAACGUGUAACUAUGAACUUAGUGUGGUCCGGAUAUAAGCUGACCUUAUCUUUUAAAAAGACCCCUGGUGGCGAACUGUGGUACAUCAAUAAUGUAGAACUGGAUGCUAGUGUUGACCUUCCAGAAUUUCACGGAAUUCUUACUAGAGAUAAAACUAUUAGACUUUACAAUGACAGCAUGCUCCUUCCUACUCCAGUAGGCAGAUCGUUUUUAUGCAACGAAGAAGUGGAGAUCCUACUGAAGACUCGAAAGGAGGACAGGCCUCCUCAAGGAGUCCGAGGCUCCUUACUACUCAGAGCCUUACAGUUACAACCAUUUAUGUACAGAAGUGAAAACUUUUCAAGGCCAUUCGAGUGUAAUGCACAGAGAAGUUUUAG